UUUAGGAACUUGUCGGCACGACCCAAAGUCCUGAGCACACCUCUUUACGCGGAACAGCUGCCUCCACCGGUGCGCAAUUACGCACGGGGCUGGAGGAAUCCGACCAGCGGCCUGUUUCCUUCCCGUUUUUUUUUUUUUUUUUUUUUUUCGCUGUCCACAGUUUGGAGUCCUCUCCAUUUAUAGAGACUAUCUAUGCACGACGUCAUCGCCGCAUGUGGCACCUUUCCACAGCUGGAACUCUGAAGUUCACUCCGCAGUCCUCUAUGUGCAGGAGACAGGAUGGGCUGCUCCACCAGUUCCCAAACUGCAGCCGUAGACACGACUCGACCCAGCGCUAAGCCCGAGGAGAGCAACGGAGCCAGCACGACAGGUGCAGCAAAUGAGAAUGGCAAAGUAACUGAGGACAGUGAAACUAUUCCUGACCAGACCCCUGCAGAAGGGGCUGCUAAGCCCGCUGAAGAAGUGGCCAUAGCUGCCAAGUCUGCAGAGAGCACCUCCGCAGCUCCACCGGCAGCAGAGGAGGCGCAGCCUGAUGCAGCCAGUAAGCCUGCAGAGGCAGCUGCAGCACCAGAGGCAGCCGCAGCACCGGAGGCAGCCGCUGCACCAGAGGAAGCUCCUCCGGCGGCAGCAGACGCUGCUGCCAGCUCCUCAGAGCCUGCACCUGCAGCUCCUGAUCAAGGAAGUGCUGAAGCCACGGGUCCCCAACCAGAGCCCAAAACAGAAGAGACACCCGCUCCCAGUGAGUGAGGUGCAGCUAAUGUGGAUGGCUGAACAUCUGCGCAAGUGUCCUACCUUGUCUGUCUGUGUGUGUGUGUGUGUGUGUGUGCAUGUUGCGUAUGUGUGUGUACGAGAGUGUUGGUGAGAAAGACAUCGCCUCGUUGCCAAGAUGCAGACCUUGUGACAGCUACUUUCAGUCAGGGUCCCUCAGUCAUCACCGUGCCUUCUCCUCCUCACGAUUGUGUCCGGCUGCAAUUUCUGCUUGUAUAUAGAGAAACUUCCAGAGCACUUAGUGGGUGUGUUUAUUUUAAGAGGAUAUAAUCAUUUGAGAAUUACUCUGGUGAUUUAAAAAAAAAAAAAAGUUUCAUUCAUAUUUAUUCCCUGUAUAGAAAUUCAGUUAUCAUGAUAUAUUUCUCAUCAUGAAUCAGGAAUCUUGCUUGAAUCCAUGAACCAAUUCUCUACUUUUCUACGAAAUUACAGUUAUAAGAAGAGCAAAGCCAAAAUACAUUUGAUCUUAAAACGGCAUUCUGUUUGGGUA